CAAAGAAGAAAAGAGGUGAUGGGUAAAGAAACAAUCUUCAAAUUUCAGACCCAAGAAAAACAGAAGGCGGAUAGAGAGUGGCAUGGCAAAGUUGGUGGUGCUGCAACAAAAACAACCCUCUUUCUCUCUCCUCCCUGCCUCUCUUUCUGACUUUAAUGGCGCCAGACUCCACACUCCAAUUCAGUUGAAAAGAAAGGUAUGGAAGCCGAAAGGAGCAUUACAUGUCUCAGCAUCAAGCACCAAGAAAAUUCUCGUAAUGGGAGGCACCAGAUUUAUUGGUGUGUUUUUGUCAAGACUCCUUGUCAAAGAGGGUCAUCAGGUGACUUUGUUUACCAGAGGAAAAACACCCAUCGCUACACAAUUGCCAGGUGAAUCUGACCAGGACUUUGCUGAUUUUUCUUCCAAGAUCUUGCAUUUGAAAGGAGACAGGAAGGACUUUGAAUUUGUGAAAUCCAGCCUUUCAGCUGAAGGCUUUGAUGUUGUUUACGACAUAAAUGGACGAGAGGCAGAUGAAGUUGAACCCAUAUUGGAUGCACUACCAAAGCUCGAACAGUACAUUUACUGCUCUUCAGCGGGUGUUUAUCUCAAAACUGAUUUACCGCCCCACUUUGAGACCGAUGCAGUUGAUCCAAAGAGCAGGCACAAGGGAAAGCUUGAGACGGAGAGCUUGCUGGAAUCAAAGGGUGUCAAUUGGACUUCUCUAAGGCCAGUCUACAUCUAUGGACCGUUGAACUACAACCCUGUCGAAGAGUGGUUCUUCCACCGAUUGAAAGCUGGUCGCCCGAUUCCAAUUCCCAGCUCAGGAAUACAAAUAACACAACUUGGCCAUGUCAAGGACUUGGCGAGAGCUUUUGUUCAGGUUCUUGGUAAUGAGAAGGCCAUCAAGCAAGUAUUCAACAUUUCUGGAGAAAAAUAUGUCACCUUUGAUGGAUUAGCAAAAGCAUGUGCAAAGGCUGCCGGAUUUCCUGAGCCUGAGAUCAUUCAUUAUAAUCCUAAGGAGUUUGAUUUUGGCAAAAAGAAGGCGUUUCCAUUCCGUGAUCAGCAUUUCUUCACAUCAAUUGAGAAAUCAAAGAGUGUGCUUGGGUGGGAACCUGAAUUCAACCUAGUGGAAGGUCUUGCUGACUCCUACAACCUAGACUUUGGCAGGGGAACAUUCAGGAAAGAGGCUGAUUUCUCAACAGAUGACUUGAUUCUUGGCAAGAGUCUUGUUCUGACAUAGACCAUUCUUCUCUUUGAUUCCCUAAUUUUUUAGUGUUUCCUCCUUUGGUCCAACUUUCCACUCAAGUUCAGCAGGAAUAAGUAACCAAAUGCCAGGUUUUGUAAUGGUACAAUGCUGUCAUUAGGAGAAAGAAAAUUGAAGUUACACAAAUUUUAUUUGCA